AUGACCAACGAGGCCAAUGAAGCGAUCAAAGACUAUGAUGGUUACCCUGCAGACCCAUUUGCACUUGGUUCAGGACAUUUCAGACCAACAAAAGCAGCAUAUCCUGGUUUAGUCUACGAUGCGUCAUACCAAUCUUAUCUUCUCUAUUGCUGCUCACUUGGGUUAACCGAAAUUGACCCAACAUUCCAGUGUCCUACCAAAGUUCCUCCCGCUUAUAACUUAAACUAUCCCUCAAUCUCAAUCCCAUAUCUCGCUGGGACAGUGACCGUUACGAGGACUGUCACAUGUGUUGGAGUAACCGGUAAUUCAACACUGAGCACGUAUUACUUCAGUGCUCAACCACCGUUUGGUGUCUCGGUUAAGGCUGAACCGGAUGUGCUGGUUUUCGAUCGUAUUGGUCAGAAGAAGCAGUUUAAUAUUAUUCUUCAAACACAGAGAUACGAGUAUACAGGUGAGGCUCGGGAGGAUAGGUAUCGGUUUGGAUGGUUUAGUUGGACCGAUGGAAAUCAUGUUGUGAGGAGUCCAAUUGCUGUUUCAUUGGUUUGA